GCACCACCACAGCCCACUUACUACAGCGCCCGCCAGCAACAAGAACCACACUUCAUCUGGGAAGACAUCAACCCGCCAGCUGAAUUCCUCCGCGCCCUCGAUCAACCCCAGGACGAGAAGACCAUGGUCACCUCGAGCAGCAAUUUGUCCUCGAUCCCCGGGGCCGCCUCGUUGCCGGGGUACAACGACGUCAGCGGUGCCGUCAUUGUAGACUGGGAUGGGCAUCCGCGGUUCCUUUCGCCCCAGGAGGAACGAGAGAGGAAGAUACAGCUGGAACAAGCCGUUCGGGAGAGGAUGCUGGGUCUUCCCAGACGGACGGAUUUUGUCUGGGAGCCAUCGUCGGGUCCGAUAUUGCCGCCGUAUUCUCCUGCAAAGGAGGAGAAGAGAUCUUCGCCGUCU